AUGUGUGCUUCCGCGGCUCUGGACAUUGAGGCUCGGCGGUUCGUCGCCCGCGAAAUCAUCAACGACGCCCCGUUGGCGACGCGCCACGGCAGGCUGAGCAAGGUGAUGGUUUCCGGGCGGCACUGCGCGCCUGUGCUCCGAGACGAGCAGGGCCCGCACAUCCUGGAUCUCGAAGCGGCCCUCCGCAGAGCAGGGCGGGCGGUGCCGCCGCGCCGCUCGGGGUCGCCGCCGCCGCAGGCGCCUGCCACCGCGCGCCGCCCGGCGGCUGCCCCGCCGACGAGGCGCCGCCCGAGCGCCGCCGCGAAGGCGGCGCCGCCGGCCUCGCCAGCACCCUGA